AGGAGAAUUAUAAAUAAAGUACACUUUUUUAAUUUUAUUACAAAAAUGUUGACGCCAAGGUUUGAAAUAACUCAAACUGACACAGAAGUUUCAAUAAUUAUUCAUGCACCAUAUGCUAAUAUUAAUGACACAGAAGUUUAUGUUGAUGGAACAGACUUCAGAUUUUAUUCUACACCAUAUUAUUUAAGGUUAAAGCUUCCAGGUGAAAUAGAAGAAAAUGAUUCAUCCUUUGGAUCUUAUGAUUGUGAAAAAGGAGAUUUCUUUUUAAGGUUUUCAAAAGCAAUCAAAGGAGAAUAUUUUGAAAAUUUAGAUAUGAUAAGCACAGUGUUAGCUGCACCAAAAAAGAAGAGUACAAUUGUUCCUAAUAUUGAAGUAAUUGGCAAUCCAUCAGCUAAUUCUGAAGAUAUUAAUGACAUAUCAAACGAGCAUGAAUUUGCAGCAGAUGAUGAAAAUACUAAUGGGGAUGAAUGGUAUAUGCAACAAAACAAUCUUGCAGAAACUAUACCACUUUUGCCUUCUUCUCCCAAAUAUGGUUUUGCAAAUAAAAUAUCUGGAGCUUUAGCAGCAUUUGAGUCAGCAUGGAUUAAGGAAAUAAUAGAUCUUCCAAAGCCAGAUGUAACACCUCAAUCUGAAAGAAGAGGUUUACGGGAAAAACAUGAAGUUUCUGAUUUUAAUGAGGAGCAUUACUUAGCAGAUCUUAUGCAGCUAGAAUGUAUAGAACCAUACAUCUUAUUCAAUGCUGAAUGGGAUACUUUAAAAAAGGAAAAUGUUUCUUUCAAUGAAACUGAAGUAGAUCUUUUAAAAGAACUUCCAAACAAAGAAUAUUUAUUAAACAAUGGAGAAACACAUAAGUUACUUUUAAGUUUAGUUGAUAUUUUAUUUGGUAGCUGCUAUAAUCACAGAACAACAAUGGGAGAAAAUACUGUUGAAAGCAGUUGGACUGUAAAUAAAUUAAGUUCUACUCUAUCUUGGUUUGAUGAUUUUUCUGAUGCAGAAGAAGUUAUAAAGGCAUGCUUUAGAAGAUCAAUAUGUUAUCCACUUUGCAGAAAUUGGAAUCUCUCUAAGAAAGUUUUGGAAGAUGUAAAAAAGGUUAUUAAGUUAGGUAAAAAAUACAUUAUAAAACGUUUCUGUGAGAUACAUAGUCUUUUCAAUGAUUCAUGUGAACCACGAUAUAUAUUAAAUCAAUUAUAUAUAAAAGAUUAUCUAAUUUGGUUACAACAAAUUAAUGAAUCAUUAAUAGAAUCAUUGGAUUCUCUCAUUGAUAAUAUUCAACCUUUAAAAGAAGAUAUGCACCUUGAUCUGUUAGAGUUAGAGCAAGCAGCUUAUUCUGUACAAGAGGAAGAUCUUAUUAUAGAAAAUUCUAUUCAUGAAAUGGUGGAUCAAAUAGAUGCAUUGUCAGUUAAUGAUAAUAAUAAAAACAAGCCAAAGACUAUAUACCACAUUAAAGAUGGACAUACAUUAAAGUAUUUGUUAUCGUGCAGCUCGAGUUCAAGUGACAGCAGUGAUACUGAUUCUGAGACUGAUACUGAAAGUAGCACUUCCGAGACUGAUUCAGAAAGUAGUACCACAACAACAAGCAAUAGUAAUAGCUUAGAUUCCGACGAUGUGAGCGAUCCAGAAGAAAUCACAAAUAAAUGCAUUUAACCAUUAAUUGUUACAU